AGGAAAUCUCCGAGUGAUAAGUGUGCACAGUGUGAAAUUAUAAGAAAGUUUAUUUUAAUUUAAUGCGUUGAAAUAUAACGUUAAUUUAAUUAUUUAUAAAUAAAUAAAUCAGGCGAUACUAAAGAUGCAGAAACUAAUUCUAUUACUUAUCUGCUUAACUGCGAAACAUGUUCUAUCCAGUCCAGUUAUGACACGACAAGAUUUAUUCAAACAAGCACAUAGAGAUGUAUUCUGUGCGAAUUUAAUAAAUUUCAACGACUUCUAUUACUCAAUGGACGAACCUAAAAACAUAACUGGCAUACCAGCUGAUAUGACUGUCCAUUGGAAGACCGGUAAAGUGUUCUACACGCUAAUAAGCGACGAAAUGAAAAUGAACCUGCAAGUCUUACAUCCCAGUGGUGAAACCGAGACAAUAAAAGUAGCUGGUUUAGGUCAAUCGACGACCGUUGAUAACCUCAACGAUAUUGUAUAUCUUGCUACUGAUAAUGGUAUUUAUAAAUAUAAAGAUGACGGCUCAAUCGAACUUUACACGGCUUUGGGGGAAGACGUUAUGUAUAUAACAGUUUCGAGUGAUGGAAGUACUAUGUACAUAGCUACAUGGCCGCAGAAUCGAGUACAUAAAAUAACAAAUGAUGGCCAAAAACAGGAAACGUUCUCACCUAUACCUAACGGUCACGGUUUGACGGUAGAUACUAGAAAUAACAUAUUUUUCGCAGCGACUAAAACGUCUUAUGUAUUGAAAGCAGGUCAAAACGUACCGAUUAAAAUCAAAGGAUUGCCCAGUGAAAGAAUGACCGGUGUAUUCGUUAGUCGAUCAGACGAAAUAUUUGCAAUGGACGAAAAUAGUAACCUCUACAGUAUUGAUGCGGAAAAUGCGAGCGCAAAACACUUAGGUAAUUUCAACGUAUCUGGUGUUAACACAUUUGCUCUCGAUUCAGCUGAUAACGUGCUGAUCGGUGUGAAGAAUGGAAUUUUGAAGUUUUUAGCUUAUGAGAAAAAUCCCUGCGGUGACUACCAAAAGCUAAACAAAAUUGGAAAACGACACAGUAGAAGACGUAAACAUAGACGUACAACGACUACUACUGAAGAAAAUGAAGAAUACGAAGAUUAAAUACUAUCAAUUUAUUAUGCACUAGGUACUUUACAAAAAAUCGAAAAAUAAAGAGGUUUAGAC